UUAAAUUAAGUGAAAAAGUGAAGUUCCAUCUUGUGGAUUAUGGAUUUAUUAGAAGUGAUAAUUAUUUUUUUGGGAAUAAGUUUAGUUCAUGGAAAUCCUCUUAAUAGCGAUGCAUCAAAAUUUCUUUUAGAGGAACCAAAAACAUACAGACUUCCAAAUGACUCAAUUCCUGUAAAUUACGAGAUUAUAAUUACAACAAAUGUCCAUACAGGAGAACUAAACUUUACAGGAAAUGUGAAAAUUCGUUUGAAAAUAAUGGAACCGACCAACAAAAUUACUUUGCAUUCCAGACAAAUUGAUAUUCUGAAAAUUGAUAUUUGGAGUGGAUCUACACCAUUUCCAAUAAGAACAAAUGCACCUAUUAACUUUAUAGAGUCGCAUGACUUUUUAGUCGUAGAUUUACCGAAUAUUUAUGAUCCAUAUACUGAACUUAUUCUUGUUAUCAAUUACAAUGGGAAGAUCCGCGAUGAUGGAACUGGAUUUUAUUAUGGAACCUACACAGAUGAUGAAGGAGUCACAAAGUAUUACGGAGCAACACAAUUCGAAAUUAUUGACGCUAGAUAUGCAUUUCCUUGCUAUGAUGAGCCUGGCAUUCGUGCUGAAAUGACUUUAACAAUUAUUCAUGAUAAAUCUUUAACUGCCAUAUCAAAUACAGACGUUGCGAUUCAGGUAGAAGAUGAGACUGGAAAUUAUUGGGUCACAACAUUUGCCACAACACCAAAAAUGCAGACAUAUCUGCUGGCCUUUGUUAUAUCUGACUUUGAAUACGUCAACCACAUUGGAAGUUCAAGAAUUCCUCAAAAAAUUUAUGGACCACCAAACAUGGUUAAAAAUGGUCAAAUAAGCUAUGCUGCUGUCUAUGUUGGUCCAAUAUUGAAAUCACUUGAAACAGUUUUAGGGAUUGAAAUGCCACUGAUCAAAAUGGAUCAUGUUGGACUGUCAAAAUUCAAUUAUGAAGGAAUGGAAAAUUUUGGAUUAAUAAAUUAUUGUGAGAAGUGUUUAAUGAUUCCAGAAAACAUGACUAAGAGUGAAGCAUAUAAAAAACAGAAUUACAUCUUAAAUCUGAUAUCUCAUGAAUAUGCACAUCAAUGGUUCGGGAAUCUAGUGUCUCCAAAAUGGUGGCAGUAUGUAUGGCUGAAUGAAGGAAUGGCUACACUUUUUGAGAACUACAUUCCACAUCAACUAGAACCUGAUAGAAGACUCAUGAGAAAUUUUUUCACAAAAACAAUGCCAACAGCAUUCAGGAACGAUGAGAUGGGAUCGUGGGCUAUGAAUCUUUAUAAGGAACAUCCAAAUGAUUUGCAAGGGAAAUUUGGAGGAAUUGGAUAUCAAAAGUCAGCAUGUGUGCUGAGAAUGUUUAUGGAAGUUAUGACUGAGAAUGUGUUCCUGAAUGGAUUGAACCGUUACUUAAUAAAAAAUAAGUUCAAUGCAGCUACACCAAGAGAACUUCACAUUGGACUGCAAGAAGCUUACAAUUCAUCAUUCCCUGGAAAUACGUUAAAUAUUGGUGAAGUCAUGUACACAUGGGAGAAUCAGCCUGGAUAUCCAUUAAUAUCAGUCAGCUUAUCCGGAAAAAGCUUGAUAUUUUCACAACGCAGAUAUCCAGAAAGUGACGAUGAAAUUUAUUCAGUUCCAAUAACAUUAGCAACAGCAACAAAUCCAGACUUUUCUGAUAGAACUCCAAAAAUUUGGCUGCACAGUGAAGCAAUGCAAGUUUCUCGAUCAACACUGAGCUAUAGCUCAAAUGACUGGAUUGUCGUAAAUAUUAAUCAAGUGGGUUAUUAUCGUGUUGACUACGACACAACUUUAUGGCGUGCAAAUAUUGAACAAUUAAAUGACAAUCAUGAAGUCAUAAAUCCACUUAACCGUGCUUUAUUGCAAGAUGAAUUCUAUUUGGCAUGGACUGAAUUUGAUAGAGUUGAGGGAGUCGAUGGAUUAGGUAUAAUAAGCUAUUUUGAUAAGGAAACAGAGUAUCUUGCAUGGGAAAGAGCACAGAAAACUUUGAAUGGCCUUAAUGAACAUCUUUUUGGAACUGAAGUUUAUGAGAAGUUCUUGGAAAUGAUUGAAGGACUUACUAAGACUCAUUUGAUUAACUUGACAUUUGAGUCUACUGAUGGUGAAAGUCUAGAAGAUGAAUUUCUAAGAUUUUAUACAAAGAAAUGGAACUGCCUGGCUAAUGAUGGUGACUGUCUUGUAGCUGAAUAUCAAAAAUUGGAUGCGUACUAUAAAGGUGCAGGACCUGUUAACUUCAACUUCUGUUAUGCAUUGAGAUUAGCUGGAGAUGAUAUUUAUCCAGAAAUCUUCAAUAAAGUCAUAAAUGAUAGGAACUUUGAAGAACGUUUGAAUUAUCUAAAGCAUCUCGGUUGUUCCAUAUAUCCUGACAACUUGAAUAAAAUAUUUGAAGCUGUGUUGGAUACUCAAAAUAUUUUGACUAAUGAUGAGAGAGAAUUUAUGCUGUAUGGAAUCUAUAAUAAUUCUAAACUUGGUCUAGAAAUGACGUUGGAUUUCAUUAAUGAAAAUUAUUUGACACUUAAUUCAUUAAUUGACUUAUAUGAGACCAUGUACAAUAUCGCAGGAUAUGUCAAUUCAAACUCCACAAUACCAUACUUUUUACAAUUCGUCAAUAAACUGGAAUCAGAACAACUAAUUACAAAUGACAACUCCGAUACAAUAUCAUCAAGAAUCGCAUCUAAUAAGAAAUGGAAUGACAAAAAUUACGCAGAAAUUUUAAUUUUCUUUAGAACCGAAGAUACAACGACAGCUAUUUCAACUGAGCCAUCUAUAGGGACAGAAUCAACUACAACUGAGUCGAUAUCAAGCCCAAUAUCGACUGAACCAUUCACUGAAUCAAAAUCGACUACGACUGAAUCGAUAUCAAGUCCAAUAUCGACUGAGCCACAGUCAAGUUCGUCAUCUACAAAAAGUGAUUCAACAACAACGCAAUCAACUUUGUCUUCAACUCAUUCAACUACAAAAUCUGAGUCUACAACAUCAGUAUCUAGAACUACGUCACAAUCAAUUACGUCAACAAAUUCAGUGACUCAGCCAUCGACAACAGCAGAAUCAACGGGAAAAGUAGAGGAUUCAACAACAACAUCAACUCAGCGUCCAACCGAACCAUCAACAACUCCAGGAAAUGGAAAUACAGCUUUCAAAUCAAUUAGCUUAGUUUUGUUUUGUGCUUUGUUAAGUUUAUUGAAACUUUUGUAAACUUUAUGAUAAUGACUUUGGAAUAAAAAUGAGGUUCACGUCCAUGAACCGCUAAUCUUAAAGAACUUGAUUCAUUUUCAUGAG